GGCGCUGGGGUGCUCGGCCUGCCGCCCAAGGAGAAGAGACGGCGGCAACGAGGCCGCAGACGCGAGCGCGCGGGCGUGGACUCCAUCGAGACGGCGGACGUCUCCGAGCAGGCGGAUCUCUCGGACCAGCGCAUGGAGAUGGACAUCGAGUGCAAGCAGUCCCUGUGCAAGGACAUCGAUGGCGGCAAGUUCCAGCUGAACGAAGCGACCAUCACGGCCGAGACGGCAGCCAGAUCCGCGGCGGUAUCCGAAGUGAAGCAGUUGCAGCAGCAGGUCGUGGCAUUGCACGCAAAUCUGGGCAACAACGUGGCGACGGCCUCCGAGUACAACGGCUUGAUCGCAGGGCUCGAAGCCGAGCUUGAGGCCGUGAGGGCGGUACUUACUUCGGCGACCAUGGGCAGCGAGCACCUGGCGCAGCAGGUCGUGGAGCUGGAGUCCAAGCAAUCGGAGGCAGAGCAUGAGAAGAAGAGCCUCCGAGUGGCGCUCGCCGACGCCGAGCGGGAGCUAGACGAGAUGAAGAUCGACGGCGCCGAGGCCUGCCAGCAGGCCCUCGACCUGGCGGAGAAG